ACCCCUCGGACCCGCGCCUCCCAGGCGCCCUCCCGCCCCGGCGAUGAAUCCCGCGCUGGGCAACCAGACGGAUGUGGCCGGCCUGUUCUUGGCCAACAGCAGCGAGGCGCUGGAGCGCGCGAUGCGCUGCUGCACCCAGGCGUCCGUGGUGACCGACGACGGCUUCGCCGAGGGCGGCCCCGACGAGCGCAGCCUGUACAUCAUGCGCGUGGUGCAGAUCGCCGUCAUGUGCGUGCUCUCGCUCACCGUGGUCUUCGGCAUCUUCUUCCUCGGCUGCAACCUCCUCAUCAAGUCCGAGGGCAUGAUCAACUUCCUGGUGAAAGACCGGAGACCGUCUAAGGAGGUGGAGGCGGUGGUCGUGGGGCCCUACUGACCGGCCCUCCGGCCCCGCAGCGGCCGCCCCACACCUCCCCACCUCGCCAGCCCGGCCGCGCCCCCUCACCAUCCCAGACCGGGCGAAGCAAACCUGUCGGAGUCAAUGAUUUCUCCCGACUCCUGCCUUUCGGGAUGAAGCGACCUGUUUCUCGCUCGCUCUUGGAAAGUCCCCAGGCCUGGCUGGAGGAGGAGAGCGCCCUGACUCUGGACUGAGCAGCAAGUGGCAAGAAGAGGGAGAUCAGGGCACAAACUUUGAAAGCUGCUUGGGAUGCGGGAAAACCGACGGGGCAAAGGCCCUUCUCCACCCGCAGGUGGGCCAAGCUCUGGGGGCAGGUGGAGAGGGCGGGCAGGGGAGAGACCCACCAGCACUGGAUGCCCCAUGGCCUGGAAAGCGAUCCGUGCAUACGCCACGGGCACAAAACUAAUGGGGGCUCAAAUCCGUGUCCGGAUUGGCGCCCGUUCUCUCCGGGUCCUCCCAGCCCUGGCGGGACAGGCGAUGAAUACCUUUGCUUGAUUGCAACGUGCCGUUUUACGUUUUACGGGGUUUUUGUGUUUGCUUGACUAUAAAUAUUUGAUAACUCUUUUUCUGCCCUAGUGACCUGUUUGCCUGCCCGGGAGUUAGGGUUUUAUCAUCGUGGGGAAAAGGGUGGGGGAGGGGGAGCCUGCGAAUGUGAACGGGGUGAGUUGUUUCUUUUAUUUCAUUCACAACUGGGUCUUUGGAGAGCGGGGCUGGCGCCCCAGCUGGCCCGGCAAAGACCCGAAGUAGAACUGUGUCUGUAGCUCGUGACUGCACGAUUUAUGCCACAAAAGUGCUCUUGACAUUCGUGACAUCGUUUUGACUCUUUUUUUCGUGUUUAACAUUUCCUUAA